AUGGCUAAUAUGCCUAUAACCAUGACAAAUAAAUUUGAAUGUGAUUUUCCUGGAUGCCAUAAAUCUUUCUCAAGAAAGGAUCAUUUAAGGAGGCAUCAUUUGAACCAUGAUGAUAAUGCUGUUUUGCAUGGGUGUUCUUACCCUGGAUGCAAGAUGGAAUUUAAAAGGUAUGAUGUUAUGAUUGGUCAUUACGAACGACAUUUCAAGAAGAGAAAGGUGCUAAAUAAAGAUCAAGUAGCAUAUGGAUCGGAAAGUAAUUUAAGACAAAAUCAAACAUCACCAGCAAUUGAGAGACAGGAUGAUAUCUCAGAGAAGGAUAACGUCUUCAUGCAAGCAGGAUUUAUGGAUAUCCUAUUUGACUUAAAUGAAUUAGUUCCUGAGGAUAGAACUGAACAAAAUCCUUCGAAAUUGAAUAAUAUCCAUAAAAAUACAGCACAAAAUAUAAUUUAUUCUGAAUUUCCUAGCACAUUGAUGUUUAAGAAUUAUCCUGAUGCUAUUCUUUUGGAAAUUUUUAAUGGGGACUUUGAAACAUUAUCUAUUUCUCAAACUAGUUCGUCAUUAUUAACAUCUGAAAUGUUGAAAACUUUACUUCACUUAGUACCUAAUUUAGUUCAGUUUCCGGACUUUAAUAUCCCCACGUUUGAAUAUUGUUUGGAGGUAUACUGGAGCGUUUUCCAUAUCCAGUUUCCAAUUCUACAUCGGGCGUCAUUUAAUACUUCAACAGCACAUCCCUUGCUUGUGGUGGCGAUGAUUAUGAUUGGUUCCGUGCUAUCUUACUCAGCUAGAGAUAUAUUGAAAGACCCUACAGGCCUUUCACUAACAAUAGGAACAGAUCUCAGAUGGCUAAUUUUCAAGAGUAGAAAGUAUGGUCCCUCUCAACUAUGGGAAUUACAAAGUUUACUAAUUUUAGAAGUGUAUGAAAAAUAUUUUGCAAAUAGAGACCUAUUCGAACGGUCAUCUAUUCAUCAUGCAGCUAAGGUAGAGAUGAUAAAGCGAAGUACAUCUCUUAUAGGGGAACCCUAUGUCUCCGAAACUAGGUCUACUAUUAAGUCAAAGGAAAAUGACGGUGAACGGCUAUGGAAUAAAUGGAUUGCUGCUGAGUCAAUGAAAAGAUGUACGUUAAUGUCAUUUUGUUCUGAUUUGACAAGCUCUAUGAUAUCAUCACAUAAUUCAAGCUUGUUCGUAGAUAAAUUGACCUUAGCAUUACCUUGCAACGAUCUCUUAUGGGAAGCAAGUUUCGAAAACCUCAAAAGCUUCACGUUGCCGGCAAAAUCUGAUUCUAUUCGUGAUUGUUUAAAGAAAUUACUUAAAGGUGAAAACAUUAAAGCUGAUUCAUUUGGUAAGAAAAUUUUAUUUCAUACUUUAGCUUCGUUAAUAAUUCAGUUGGAAAAUAAAGAUGAGAUUGUAUCACUUAUAGGUAAUAUCGGUUAUGAUAGUCUUAAGGAUAGAUGGAGGGACAAAAUAUCUUUUGCAUUGGAUGCAUGGAAAUAUAAUGUAAACGGAGCAUGUUCUGAUGUUAAAAAUUUACUAAUAGAUUCACCGACAUUAGAAAGUAGUAUCUUAAAUCCUUUAUAUUUGCAUUUAGAUGAUACCAAAUGUAAAUGUCCCACUUACCAUAUGGCACAAAUUAGAUUGCAUGUCAUUAAUAAUGAUGUGCUUGUUUAUUCAGGGGUCCCAGUGAGUAUGAAUAGCAGAUCUCUGAAUGAGGAAUGUCAAAAUGUAUCGAUAAGAAUGAAGAGGUGGGCUGAUUCUUUAAAUGGAAGAAUAGGAGUAGUACAUGCAUAUUUAUGUUUGAUUGAGUGCUUGUUGAGUGUGGAUAAGAUUAGUUAUUUACCAAGAAUUGACCCGAUUCCUGAAAGAAGGCAUGUGAUGGUUGUGUGCUCUCUAACAAUAUGGUGCUACAACUAUAUUGUCUAUGGGCCAGAAUCAAAUCAAUAUCUUUCAGAAGACAAAUAUAGCUUUAAAGAAAGUGCAUUUCAUUAUUUGAAUAAGUUGAAAGACAAAUUCUGUUCAAUAAUUAUUCCAAGUCAAAACGCAAUAGAAUUCCAUUUGAAUGUUCGGAAAUGUGCGAUUAAUUUACCGCAAUUUGAGAAUACUCAUUAUAUUGCAGGUUUUAUGAAUGAAAUGUCGCAAUUAUUUGAUGCAUGUUCUUGGAGUUUGGGUAGGGAGUAUUCGAGACUGUUUAAAGUGUGUGAAGAAAGAUCAUUAGGAAGAGAAGAGAUUUUUUGUAAUGAUAUGUAUAAAGAUGAAUAA